AUGGAGUCCCAUAGCUCCCUCAGCAGUCAAGAGAGUAAAUCAUCAGCUUCUGAAAGUGAAGAUGAUAUUGAGUUUGUUGGAGAAGGACCUUUAAGACCUGUAGUUGAAUGCAUUGAUCUUGUCAGUAGUGAGGAUGAAGAACCUACCAGUAGUUCUUAUGUUAAUAGAGAUACGAAACGUAAAGAUCACGUUGACUAUCAGAAAGAACGAGUUGCAUCAACCUUGGCUCGGCUGGCACGCCAUGUUGAAGUAGAGAAACAGCAGAAAGAAGAGAAGAACAAAGCCUUUAAGGAGAAAGUUGAUUCCCAAUAUGCUCAGGCAUUGCAAGAACUAGAAUUUAUUCGGCAGCACACUGACACAGAAGAUGCAAGAUCAUGUGUCAGACAGUGGUUAAAAAUGCCAGAUCUUGAACCAGGCACCAUUAACAGUGGAAAAAGGCGUAUUUGUAAGAGGGCAGGUCAGACACGAGUCAACCGCAGUCCCAUAUCUUGUCCUGUGAUGCACUGUGACAAGGAGUUUGAUAAUGCAGCUCUUCUCCUAGGUCACCUUCAAAGGUUUGAUCAUUCUCCUUGUGACCCAACAGUCAUGUUACAUGGACCCUCAGAUAAUGCUGUUGCCUGUGUGAUAUGCUGCAAAAUAUUUUCAACCUCUCAGGAGUACAGUGAUCAUCUUUUAUCUAAGCCAAAUGAAAAUGAUGGACAUAAAAAAGAUCUCCCUCCACAGCACAUUCAGUGUUUUGCAUGUCCAAAAUGUUUCCUCCUUUUUGCCAAGAGAGAUGGAUGCUUGCAGCAUAUGUCAGUAAAGAAGCACUUCCUUCAGGUUCCUAAAUUGAGUGAUGAAACAAAGGCUGGCCUUCCAUUACCUUUCCCAACCUAUGCAAAGAACCUUCUGAUAUCUUUGUGCAAAGAGGUCCCCUUCCAAGUGAAGUGUAUAUCCUGCUACCAGACACUACGCUCACAUAUAGAAUUAACGGCUCAUUUCAGAACACGUUGUCAUAAUUCUGGGCCUAUGGCAGUGUCAAAGAAGAGCAUCUCCCAGGUUGCAGAGAUAUUUAAAAUGGAAGGUUACUGUGAGAACUGUGAUAAACUGUUUGCUGAUAAGAAUCAGGUUAUCCAGCAUAAUCAAACCACUCAGCAUAAUAUUAAAUUUCUUACUACAAUGGAAGAGUCCGUCUUGAUGUUCUGUCAUAUCAAUGGGAAAAAUAAAAAUCAGUCUCCUUUGUGCCAUCUUGUGGAUCGGUCAAGACCACUGCUUAAGAGACAUUUGAAUGUGAAUGAGUCUGUCAGUGAAAGUGAGUCCACUCCUUCAAAACAGAAGUGUGAUUCAAAAGAUAAAAAUGAAGAACAUGUAGCAAAUGAAAGUCAAAGUCAGGCCAGUGCUUUCAAAGUAAAAGCCUGGUUUUGUGAAUGCCUUCAAAAGUUUUUUACAGAAGAGUCAGUAGAAAAGCAUAUUUUAUCAGCUAAUAGGAUCUGUCACAAGUGUGCUGUGUGUGGAAAACUUGCUGAAAAUUCAAGCAUUAUCAGCCUGCAUAUGAGUCGAUUCCAUGGGGGAGCACACUUGAAUAAUUUUUUUUUCUGGUGCAGAGCAUGCUCUGUAGAUAUUCUCAGAGAAGAGGAUAUUAUGGGACAUGUGACUGAAUUUCAUGGUGGACAUAGUUACUAUUAUGAGCAAGAAGCUUUAGAAGAUGAACCUAUGCCAUCCGCUUCUAAUGCAGCAUGCAUUUCUGCAGAUGAAAGGAAAGACUGCAUUCCCAGCCCUAUGGAAGUCUGCCCUGAAAAAAGCUCUAUUCUUGGAAAAUGGCAAUGCCGCAUUUGUGAAGAGAUGUUUGACUCUGAAGAGAGUGUUAAACAGCAUUGCAUGUCCUUAGAAAGCCACGCGUUUCACAGAUACUGCUGUGGCUUAUGCAGAAAUCACUUUCGAAAGAUAGGAACACUACAGCGACACUGCCAAGAGCAUCACAACAAGGAGAUACAGACCAAAUACUUCUGUGGCCUUUGUGGCAAUCUCUUCUUUGACACAGAAGAAGAAUUUCUAACCCAUUAUAAGGAGGUUCAUAGCAUGGACUAUGCAUUUGUGCCUGAGCAGAUGGAAGUAUCAAUAAAAAAAGAAGAGGACUUUCUCCCAGUAGAAAAAGGAGACUUUUUAACCUGUGGUUGCCGGGCAACUUAUGUCUCCAAAAUAAACAGGAGGAAUGAUUAUGUGAAUUGUCAGAAAGCCAUGCUGCAAAAAGGAAACUUAUGGUUUCGAUGUUGUGUCUGUUCUGCAACCACACAGAAUUUUGCUGAUUUGAACAGUCAUCUCAACAGUCACACGUCAGUGAAACGAAAGGGAGAAAUGUAUGUUGUUAGAUGUGCCGCGUGCAACAAAAAUUUUGAUGAUCUUCCGAGUGCCCAUCAGCACUAUCACAUGAAACACUGCUGCUUGCAGAAACCUAAUCUGUCGAGUCUUGCAUCAGAAUCAGAAAAUACAGUAUUCAGGUUCACAGCAAAUGGGGCUUGUGUGGACAGAAAACCUCACAAGCUAAAAUUUCAAGCAUCUCCAUCCAAGACUCAGGGAAGACCACAUUUGUCUCUACUGCACGGACCAAUAAAGGUGAAGAAAGAAAGAAAAGAAAACACAGCAUACUCUGAAGAACCUGGUGAAGAUAACGAACUUCCUGAUCUUGACUACCUGAGUACCAUGACUCACAUUGUAUUGGUGGAUCUGGACAACUGGGGAAGCUUAUUCACGCAGCUGCCAGCUAACCUGAACCAAGGGACGUUUAUCUGGGGCUUUCAAGGAGGCUACAGCACCUGGAAACCUCCAGAGCAGUGCAAAAUUUACAAUUCUCUUAAGAGGAUUGGAUGUUUCUUUCUUCAUCCACGUUGCGGUACCCGAAGAGAAGCAGCAGACUUUGCUAUCUGUGUUCACGCUGGUCGUCUGGAUGAGCAUCUGCCCAAACAAAUUCCUUUUACUGUACUUUCUGGAGACAAAAGCUUCCUGGAACUGGAAAACCAAUUUAAGAUGACCCAGCGGUCAGUUCGCAUCCUCAAUCCUCACCACAUGGAUGGAGACAUGAUGUGUGCCUUGCUAAACAGCAUUUCAGAUGCCGCAAAAGGUUCAGAUAGCGAAGAGGAUGAAGAUCUCAAAAUAACAGUGAAGAAGAGCUUAGAAGAAGCAAAGAAACAGGAAGACUUAAAAUGUAUUCUACUGCAAGAUGCAGAAUUGGAAGAAGCUAUCAAGAGAAGCCUUGAGGAAAUGUAA